AUGGUGCUGAUGGUCAUGCAGGGAGCCGUCCCCAACUCCGCUGAACGUCUCAACACCUGCAAUGGGGGCGAUUGGAGAAGCAUUGAUAGUAGGUCGCUGAAGCACGUUUCGGUCGGUCCGGCUGGCGUGUGGGGUGUCGAUAAUAACUACGACAUCUACUAUAGGGUGGGAACCUACGACAACGAGACAAAUACAGGCGACUCAUGGGUGACAAUUGGUGGAUCAGAUCAAUAUCCAUUAGCUGGGGGGUUGAGUCAAGUUGCUGUUGGGCGUGAUGCAGUAUGGGGUUUUAACCGGUACGGGGCUCUUUACUUCCGACUGGGCAUAACUGCUUGCAAACCGGAGGGAACGGCUUGGACUGCAGUACCUGGAACUUUUGGUGAUCCUGACUCGGAUACCGAUGGUGAUGGCUGGACAAACGUAGAUGGACUGCUGAAGUACAUCAGUUCUUCGGAUACGAUCUACGGAGUUAGUACUGACGAUGCCAUCUUCUAUCGUCAAGGAGUAUCUGCCGGUACACCGACAGGUACGGAGUGGCAGAUCAUACCGGGGGCAUUGAAGCAGGUCGAAUCCCUGUCACUUGCUGUUUGGGGAGUCAACGCUGCAAACGAAGUUUUUGUGAAAGAGACCGAUUAG